AUGCAAGAGUGGUUUGCUGUAAAAUUAAAAAUUGGUGAUGAUGACCGAUGGGAAGCGAUUCCUGUUUCAUGGUUGAUAAAAAACAAUGGACACCUUACUGGUUUUUGCUGGUGGAUGAAAAACGCUUGUCUUCCUCGUCAACCAUUGCCGGCGACACUUGAUAAAUUAUGGGAACAAGUCGCUAUUCUGAGUAAAGAUAUGUUUGGAUUUAAUACAGAGGUAGAAGCUCGGGAGAAUGUUUAUCACCUCAAUCUUAUGAAAAAUCUUACUGGCCAAGUUAAAGUCAGUCAUGAUCUUUGCACUCUAAAAAUAUUACUCCAUAACAAAGAAGUAGAAGAGAAAUACAGAACAGAACUUCAGUAUCUUUUGCCGAUUCAGACUAUUGAGGAAUUUAAAAAGUUUGAGGAACGAUUAGCUAAAGAACCAAAGCUGUCUGCUGAAUUGGUCAAGUUAUUUAAACUUUUAACUAACGACAAAAAUCUACGCGACAGCAGCUGGAAGAUUUUAAAUGCAAUCUUUGAACGUAAUGUCAUAAUAAUUUGUUCAUGGGAUGGAAGUUAUGGUACAUUAGCACUUAGAGACUCACACACAAUAAAAUUGAUUAAUGAAUUUUUUAAUAACUUCUUCCAAAAAUUUGACCUCGCACGAGCUGUCACUGAAUGGUCGGCUUGUUUUAGAUUAUAACUAACUAAAGAUCUUAUUUUUUAAAAUAUUUAAAACGUUUUUAUUUCUUCAUUAACUUUAGGUACCAACAUAUAUUUAAUAAUGUAUAUAAAAUCUAAUUUAAGACUCCGUUUUUAAUUGAAUACAACUAGACAAUAUUUAUAUAAUUAUAUAUA